AAAACCUGCCUGUCGACGCGCUCUCUCUUCGUUCCAGUGUUGUGUAUGUUCCUACCUAUUUGGCGAGUUAUAUUUUAAUCAGCAGUACGAAAUAGAAUGUGAUGGCAUUACUACUUACGUAGUUCGUGGUGGCUUACUAAAAAUUAUAUUUCUUUGAUUUUUUUUUUUUUCGUGAGUGUUAUUAAUUAUGUACGUACAUUUUUUCUAUGCAAUAUAAUAAGCAAAUUGGACAAAUAAAUUAAAGCACGAUCACUGUUCAUUUUACUUUUGACCGCGGUGAGGGGAACCUCUUCGAUUUAAUUCAUCCGAAAAAAAAAAACGUAAGCCUGACACAAAUUUGAUUACAUCGGUUCAUUGAUUGACUCGGAACACGAUACGUACAUUAUGGUUUUCUGCAGGUUUCAAACAAAAAGUUGCAUUGUUCUAGUAGGAUUGGUGAUAUUGGUCGCUGUGGUUUCGUUCGUGUUUGUAUACACCCAAAAUUCACCCAAUGGCGAAAUUCCAGACCCGGAAUUUGCGUUGCCGCCGUCGAGCAUGCCAAUGGGAUCUUACAGCAACGUCGGCGUCGUGUCCAACGGGGGACCGUGCGCACAGAUCGGAGUGGACGUGAUGGCUAGAGGAGGAAAUGCCGUGGAUGCCGCUAUAGCAACAUUGUUAUGUGACGGUGUUCUAUGUCCCGAGUACAUGGGUAUUGGUGGAGGAUUUAUGAUGAGCAUCUACAACGCAACAACCAAAAAAGUAAUGACGAUCAAUGCACGUGAAACUGCACCGGCCGCUGCAACUUCUGAAAUGUUUGUAAAAGAUCCCAAAAAAUCGAUGUUAGGUGGCUUGGCGGUUGCUAUUCCAGGGGAACUCAAAGGCUAUUCGACGAUUUAUAAAUUGUACGGUGGCAAGGUUUCGUGGGAAUCGUUAUUUGAGCCAACUAUUAAGUUAUGUGAAAAUGGUAUAAAGAUCAGUGAACGUCUAGCGUUAAACAUGCGAAAUCACGAAGAGUUGAUAAAGAAUGACCCAUUUCUCAGAGAAGCAUUAUUCGAUGAAAAAACAGGCCAUGUGAAAAAAGUUGGAGAAGAGUACAAGUUACCAAAGUUAGCAGAGACCAUGAAAAUCAUAUCAGUUGAAGGUGCCGAUGCCAUAUACAACGGGUCGUUAACAUAUCAAUUAGUGGAAGAUUUAAAAAAAGUUAACAGUAUUAUAACCGAAGAAGAUUUAGCCAAUUACGAGGUAGAAGUCGAAGAAUCUUUUUCCGUAGACUUAAAAAGUGGACAUACAAUACAUGUGGGACCACCACCUGGUUCUGGUGUAAUCUUAGCUUACAUACUCCGAAUAUUGGAUGGAAUAUUACCAGCACCAAAUUCUGGAUUAGACGCACAUCGUUUGGUAGAGGCAUUCAAAUUUGGCUACGGCGAAAGAACACAUUUAGGUGAUCAUAAUUUCGUAAACGUAUCCAAAAUUUACGAAAAAAUAACAUCGGAUAGUUAUAUAGAAAGUAUUCGAAAUAAAAUAUCCGACAAUUUCACUUCGUUGGACCCAAAGUACUAUGGUGCUGACUUUGACAUGCCAGAGAACCACGGGACUGCUAACAUUGUCGUAACCGAUUCCUUGGGUAACACUGUAGUGGGAACCAGCACUUUGAACAUAUACUUUGGCUGUGGUUUCGUAUCUCCUAGCACUGGUAUUACAUUAAAUAAUGAAAUGGACGAUUUUUCUACUCCUGGAGUCACUAACUAUUACGGUAUUCCAUCUUCACCCGCUAAUUUCAUUGAACCAGGCAAAAGACCCAUGUCUUCAAUGUGUCCAACUAUAAUCACCGACAAAAAUGGAGACUUUGUUCUUGGAGCAGGAGCAGCAGGUGGAUCGAAGAUCACGCUUGCUACUGCCUACGUAUCGGCCCUUAAACUAUGGUACAAUAUGACAUUGAAAGAAGUGAUAGACAAACCUAGAAUUUAUCACCAACUUGUUCCUAUGGAAGUUCAAUAUGAAUACGGAACGACAAAGUCUGUUGUACAAAAACUUAAAGAUAUUGGUCAUCCAGUAACUAGGUUGCAGAAUACCAUAGGUUCAGCAGCGACAGCAAUUGCCAAAUCACCCUCAGGAAUGAUCGAAACCAUGCCAGAUUUCAGGAGACCAGGAAAUUCAUCCGGAUACUAACAGGAUAUUAUGUUAAAUAUAGAUUAUGUUUAAUAAAUUAUUAUUGUAAAAUGUA